CUCAGAUUUAUUUUCCUCAAUUCAAAAUCCAAAUACUGUGAGUAGCCCGCUCCCCGCCUCUUCUUUCAUUAUUGAUACAGCUUUACUAUACUAACAACAAUAUAGGACACCAGUAAGGUCUUUGGUUAACAGUGACGUGUUUUUAUUUCCGUUGUUGAUCAGUUUUAGUUGUCAUUGUGAAUUGUUGAAGUAGAUUGACAUCUUUCUCUGUCGGUGGUAGUUGAUGCAUUGAUAUUUAACUGUUUGUGUUCUACGAUUCUUAACUUGUUUAAGCGUUGGAAAAUUUUCUGAAUACAUCCCAUGGAUGUGCUGUUCAGCAACCUUUAAUUUAAUUUGCAUCUACACCACUAAUCAGAAAGGUGGUUGAUUUAAAUUUACUAUGAAUUUUGACUUCUGUUCUUGGUUGGCUACAGCAGUUGCUUUGUGUCAGUGUUGACAUUUGGCUUACACCAACGUUGAACUAUGUUGUUGGUCGUUUUUAAUUACUGUUACUUAGUGGAUCCCUUUACUUAUGUUAACCUUUGUUGUUGUUAUUGUUGGUCGUUGGUUAUCAUUGUUCUUCGUGGAGCUCUCACAUAUGUUGAACUUUGUUGUUGGUUGUCGUUAGUCGUUGGUUAUCAUUAUUGUUCUUCGUGGAUCCCUCUCACUCAUGUUGAACUCUGUUGUUGGUCAUUGGUUAUCGGUCUUAUCAUUCUUCGUGGAUCGCUCUCACUCAUGUUGACCUUUGUUGUUGGUUGUUGUUGGUUGUUGUUGGUCGUUGGUUAUCAUUAUUGUUCUUCGUGGAUCCCUCUCACUUAUGUUGACCUUUGUUGUUGGUUACUGUUGGUCGUUGGUUAUCAUUAUUGUUCUUCGUGGUUCCCUCUCACAUAUGUUGAACUUUGUUGUUGGUUGUUGUUAGUCGUUGGUUAUCAUCAUUGUUCUUCGUGGAUCCCUCUCACUCAUGUUGAACUCUGUUGUUGGUUACUGUUGGUCAUUGGUUAUCGGUCUUAUCAUUCUUCGUGGAUCCCUCUCACUCAUGUUGACCUUUGUUGUUGGUUGUUGUUGGUCGUUGGUUAUCAUCAUUGUUCUUCGUGGAUCCCUCUCACUCAUGUUGAACUCUGUUGUUGGUUACUGUUGGUCAUUGGUUAUCGGUCUUAUCAUUCUUCGUGGUUCCCUCUCACUCAUGUUGACCUUUGUUGUUGGUUGUUGUUAGUCGUUGGUUAUCAUUAUUGUUCUUCGUGGAUCCCUCUCACUUAUGUUGACCUUUGUUGUUGGUUACUGUUGGUCGUUGGUUAUCAUUAUUGUUCUUCGUGGUUCCCUCUCACAUAUGUUGAACUUUGUUGUUGGUUGUUGUUAGUCGUUGAUUAUUGGUCUUAUCAUUCUUCGUGGAUCCCUCUCACUCAUGUUGACCUUUGUUGUUGGUUGUUGUUAGUCGUUGGUUAUCAUCAUUGUUCUUCGUGGAUCCCUCUCACUCAUGUUGAACUCUGUUGUUGGUUACUGUUGGUCGUUGGUUAUCAUCAUUGUUCUUCGUGGAUCCCUCUCACUCAUGUUGAACUCUGUUGUUGGUUACUGUUGGUCAUUGGUUAUCGGUCUUAUCAUUCUUCGUGGAUCCCUCUCACUCAUGUUGACCUUUGUUGUUGGUUGUUGUUGGUCGUUGGUUAUCAUCAUUGUUCUUCGUGGAUCCCUCUCACUUUUGUGACCUUUGUUGUUGGUUCUUGUUUGUUGUGGUUCCUUAAUCCUAUUGGUACGAGAAUUUAUUAUGGUUAGCUGACUUAUAUCGACCUGCACUUGUGAGAUAUAGUAACCUUCUGGGAACUCUGCAAUUAUCUCAUGCUUUCAUUCGCCGUUUGAUGAACUUGGAAGUAUGGCGUACUGUUAUAAGGUACAUAUUUAGUUCGGGACAGGACGUCGGGCUGCCAGGGUAGAGUACACACGGUCCAAUUUGAUCUGUAGGUAUAUUUGUAAGCGCCCAAUGAGGCGUCCAUACAUUGAGGUAUGGGCGUAGUCUGAGGGUGUGCGGCACGUGCUGGGGUGGGUCUCCAGAGCCGGUCUGCUAGUGUGCGGACGUCACUCGGAUCCACUUUUACGAGUGGAGAUCGAGUCGAUGGCCAGCACUAGAUUCUGACUCUGGGCGCUACUUCACCUAUGUGCCGUACACGUAUCAGCCUUGCUGGGUGACUAGCUAGCCAUUUGGCCAGGUAGUGUGUAGCAUGCACUGGGGCAGCCCUUCUAGGGGUUGGUCUGGUAGUGCAUGGGUGUCGCUGGGGUCCACCACUACGGUUGGACCACUAGUUGAUGACCUGCACUCCACACCACCUCUCCUUGAAGGACGCCCAAGGGUGUAUGUCACUGAGGUCCAUCACUACGGUCAGACCUAAUCUUAAUGUGGUUUUGAAUUCAAUAGGAUAUAUUUGUAAUAGAUCUAGCAUUCAGUUUCCUAAAAUAUUAGGAUAAUAAUAAUAAAAUUGAACAGCUUAUCUAAUAUGUA